ACCAACAUCACAACAAUAAAAAUCAAAUUGAUCAAACAAAGUUUGGUUAGCGUGAUUUCUCAAAAAUGAAGAUUGAAGAAGUAAAAAGCACGGUGAAAACCCAACGAAUAAGUGCCCACAGCCACAUCAAAGGUUUAGGAUUGGACGAAAAUGGUUUCGCGCUACCUACAGCAGCUGGAUUGGUCGGUCAAGAACAAGCCAGAGAGGCCGCAGGAAUAGUCGUAGAUAUGAUAAGAAGUAAAAAAAUGGCUGGCCGAGCUGUACUUUUAGCAGGUCCUCCUGGGACCGGGAAAACUGCAAUAGCAUUGGCCAUCGCACAAGAAUUGGGUAAUAAAGUGCCAUUUUGUCCUAUGGUCGGGUCGGAAGUUUACAGUUCUGAAAUUAAGAAGACAGAAGUCUUAAUGGAAAAUUUUCGGAGGGCUAUAGGGUUGCGCAUUAGGGAAACUAAGGAGGUUUAUGAAGGGGAGGUUACUGAGUUGACUCCUGUUGAAACAGAGAAUCCCGCUGGAGGUUAUGGAAAAACUGUGAGCCAUGUCAUCAUUGGCUUAAAAACAGCAAAAGGUAGCAAACAACUGAAAUUAGACCCUAGCAUAUAUGAAGCCCUCCAGAAAGAAAAAGUUGAAGUAGGUGACGUAAUUUAUAUUGAAGCCAACAGUGGGGCUGUUAAGCGUCAAGGAAGAUCUGAUGGAUAUGCAACUGAAUUUGAUUUAGAAGCUGAGGAAUAUGUACCACUUCCAAAAGGAGAAGUUCAUAAGAAGAAAGAAGUGGUUCAAGAUGUAACUCUUCACGAUUUAGAUGCCGCAAAUGCCAAGCCUCAAGGUGGACAAGACGUUCUCUCAAUGAUGGGCCAACUUUUGAAACCGAAGAAAACCGAAAUAACCGACAAACUACGCCGUGAAAUAAACAAAGUUGUUGAUAAAUACAUCGACCAAGGGAUAGCCGAGUUAGUUCCAGGAGUACUUUUCAUUGAUGAAAUUCACAUGUUGGAUAUUGAAACUUUUACUUAUUUACACAGAGCACUAGAGAGUGCAAUUGCACCUAUUGUUAUUUUUGCGACAAAUAGAGGGCGUUGUGUAAUUAGAGGCACAGAUGACAUUGUAGCCCCUCAUGGCAUUCCUUUGGAUCUUUUGGAUCGUUUAGUGAUAAUUCGCACUUUACCAUAUUCCAGAUCUGAAUUAGAACAAAUUUUAAAGUUGAGAGCGUCCACUGAAGGCUUGGAAAUUGAGCCGGAAGCUCUUUCGACUUUAGGCGAUGUUGGGUCGAGGGCCACCUUAAGAUAUGCAGUACAGUUACUUACGCCCGCGUCUUUAACGGCCAAAACUAAUGGCAGAGAUACUAUUACUAAAGCAGACGUUGAAGAAGUUAGUUCUCUAUUUUUAGAUGCAAAGUCUUCAGCUCGUAUUUUGUCAGAUAAUAAAGAAAAAUAUAUGAUGUAACUCUUAAAUAAACCUUUUUUUUAAU